CUUACCCGCUGUGCCAUUUCCUUAACAGGUUCUCGGCAUCGUAAUGUUUACAAGAAGAACGGAUUUACGAUUAUCGAUGGCUAUCGCUUUGUGAUCGGCACUACUAACUUGCGUCGAACGUACUUGAAGUGUGCCAACUUCCGGAGCAAUUGUCGGGCCCGGGCCAUUGUGAAUAGGGACACAAACAAAGUGCGGAUGAGGCACGAAGGCCACAAUCACAGCCGCAAGGAUGUGGUGAGCGGACGUAACUCUAAGAAGUAG